GCAAGAAGACCAAAAUGCAGAAAACCAAGCGGGCGAGAAUGGAGGAUGCCAGAAGCCUUAAGGAGGAGGCGUCGGGCUCCAGGGAGGAGAUCCGGGCAACGUUGGCGCUGCAGAGGGCGGAGGCCCUCGCCCCAGAAGCCAUGGUCAGCCACGUGGCCAACGCUUUCAACCCGCCCAACUGCCAGGGCGGGGAGGUCAGUCCUCAGGCCGCCGAACCAGCGCCGGACGUGAACCAGAUCACUCUCAACUUGAGGCCAGAUCCCAAGCCUGUGGUGAGGGUUGCUACUGGACCAACAGAGGAAUUUUCUCUUCACAUGUCCAUCUCCUACCUGGGCGAACUGCUCUGCGAACAUUUGUUACCGGAAGGCGAGUUUCUCAUUACGUCGGCCCAGGCUUUGCCAAACGGCCCGGUUAAUUGUUUGAAACGCUUCAUUUUGCCGCCCCCGGAUAAAAUAGCCGAUGCGCCAAAACAGAAGAUCGUGCAGCGUCUGCUCGACGAUUUGGUAAAAGGCAUCAUGGUGGCCAGUAACCACGAAGGGAUCUUCAUCCAAUGCCGGGGCAAAGUCUGCGUCUCGUGGUCGGGAUUUUUGGCGCCCGAGGGCCAAAUCAAACUGGAGAAUGAUACUCUCCAGCAGCUGUUCAAACCCCGGGAAUUUCGGUCAGCUCUGGAGCAGCACCGCCAGGGCCUGGCGCCAUUCCCGGAUCCCCGGGUCAUUCUCUACGUGGGAAAUGAAGCGGGGAAAAAUGGACAUGUGGACUCCCAGCCCAUCGUCAUUCAGAUGGAACAGACUUUUGCCAUCCGGCUACGUUCCUCCGACUACUCCCUGUAGUAAAGAUCCUCGUUUUCCUAUCCCGGCGUGGUUUUCCGGGCCACCUUACCUGCACAUACCAGGUCCCGAGAACGUAAAGAUUCGUAUUUCCCGCUUUCUCCUGAGAAGAAACCAACAAUGUGAAUAUUGGUUCGGAGGCCCAAUUUGGACGGGCUUCGGAAGUCGAUCUGUUAACGUCCCCGCGAUUCCUCCUUCUUCCUAACCGGGACUUCCGGUGACGGAUUGGGAAAGAGCUGCUUGCUCGGUGGCGUUCAGAGGGAAACACUAAAAUACGCCAAAAAAGAGAGAGAGAGAGAGAGAGAAAAGCGAAUUUUGGGACCGUCUGUUUACAUUUUGGCAACGAGGAACGUCUUUCCGUAAUCCGACCGACCGUCUUGCCGAAUUCUGCUUUUCCUAGCUGAGAUACGGUGGGGGAAAUGUCUUUGCCCGCCACCUUUUUGCAAAUUAUCUGUUGCUUCCUUCCCCUUCCUGUAUGUCACUUUAUAUACUGUUUGCACUUUACCUGACUCUAAAAUCUACCUAAUCUGAGCAGACAUUUUACUGUGUACAAAAAAUAUUUUUCCGAAUUAAUAAAGCGUUAAGAGAAA